CUCAAAAUGAUCGAUCAUCUACUUCUUCUUCAAAAAUCAUCGGAAAUCCAAAAAUGGGUGCCACUUCCUCUGUCUAUGACAAUUCAUCAGUUCAUGAUUUCACAGUCAAGGAUAGCAGUGGAAAGGACGUGGAUCUUAGCAUCUACGAUGGGAAAGUUUUGCUUAUCGUCAAUGUUGCUUCCAAAUGCGCAUUAACCAAUUCGAAUUACACCCAACUUACCGAGCUUUACAGGAAAUACAAGGAUAAAGGUUUUGUGAUAUUGGCAUUCCCUUGCAAUCAGUUCUUGAAGCAAGAACCAGGGCCGAUAGAAGCGACAGUCCAGUUUGUCUGUGAGAGGUUCAGUGCUGAAUACCCAAUUUUUGGAAAAGUAAAAGUGAAUGGCACUGAAGCAGCACCAUUGUUCAAGUAUUUGAAAGCAAAUGGAGGUGGUGGAUAUAUGGGCACAACCAUCAAAUGGAACUUCACAAAGUUUCUAAUUAGUAAGAAAGGCAAAGUAAUACGUCGAGUUGGCCCAAGGACUGAACCAUCCAGCCUUGAGGCUGACAUCCAGAAAGCAUUAGAAGAGAACCCUAAUGAAAACUCAGUGUGAUAUGAGUUUUUACCCCCGUUGUCAUCUUAGAAAUUAGACCAUCCUCACUCUUAUUUCAAAUUUGUCGUAUGUAAUUAUCUCUACAUCAAAUGCAAUAUCAACCCUUCUUCAAAAGGGAUCUCCACUACCAUAUCAAC